CCGCCGCGGACCCUCCCUGAGCUGUCACUGCUCUGUGCCCCAGCCCCGUCCCCGGGCGGGUUGUCCCGCUCUCUCCCGCUGUCCUUGCCUGCCCCUCGCCCCGGUGUCCGGAGGGACCCGGGGGCCUGUCUCGGGUGGGCGGAGAGGCGAGUGCACCUUCGCUGAGGUGCCGCGGGAGCUGGAGGAUCCCAGCGCUGACCCCCUGGAGGGUUUUCCUCCCGUGUGCCUUCAGCGAAAGAUGGAGAUGCGGUGAAUGCACGCAGGGCAGCGGCGCGCUCCGUAGGAGUGCUCUCGGAGCAGGUACCGGUGCAAAUACCUCGAGAGCCGUGCUCAGCUUCUAUAAGGGAUGACUGCGAGGGGACAUCAUUGAUGUGCACAGGUAUCUAAAGGUGAGGUGCCAAGAGGAUGGAUCAGGCUCUUCUCGGUGGUGCCAGCCACCAGGAGAUGAGGCAGUGGGCAGAAACUGAUGCACAGGAAGCUCCACCUGAGCACGAGGAAGAACUUCUUUACUGUGCAGGUGACCGUGCACUGGAACAGACUGCCCAGAGGAGCUGUGGAGUCUCCUUUCCUGGAGGUAUUCAAGAACACCUGGAUGCAAUCCUGUGCCGUGUGCUUUGGGAUGACCCUGUUUGAUCAGGGAGGUUGGACCAGAUGACACACUGUGGUCCCUUCCAACUGUGACCCAUUCUGGGGUUCUGUGAACACCUCAGUCCUCAGGUGCACCUUGUUCCCAUCAGAUCUGUUUUCUCCUGUUUGCUGUUCUCUACAUCGUUUCCUACUUUAUAAUCACAAGAUACAAAAGGAAAGCAGAUGAGCAAGAGGAUGAAGAUGCCAUCGUUAACAGAAUAUCGUUUGUGGAAUCUUGCCUCUCUUUUUUCAAAUCUAUGUUUAUUUGUGUUGAUGCCCUUCGCAUUUUUCUUCCUGGAAUCAGAAGGAUUUGCUGGCUUAAAAAAGGGCAUCAGAGCACGGAUUUUGGAAACCCUUGUAAUGCUCAUUCUUCUUGCACUGCUUAUCCUUGGAAUCGUAUGGGUGGCUUCAGCACUCAUAGACAAUGAUGCUGCCAGUAUGGAGUCUUUAUAUGACCUCUGGGAAUUCUACCUCCCAUAUUUAUAUUCCUGUAUAUCACUGAUGGGAUGCUUGUUACUGCUGUUGUGCACGCCAGUGGGGCUCUCACGGAUGUUUACAGUAAUGGGUCAGUUGCUGGUGAAGCCGACAAUCUUGGAAGACCUAGAUGAGCAGAUGUAUAUCAUCACUUUAGAGGAAGAAGCAAUUCAGAGGAAGCUUAAUGGUGUAUCUUCCACAGUGGAAUACCAGACAGUAGAGUUGGAACGUGAGCUUGAAAAAGUGAGAAGCAAGAAAACAAAUCUAGAACGGAGGAAAAAAGCUUCUGCUUGGGAAAGGAAUUUAGUUUAUCCAGCUGUCAUGAUAUUACUCCUGAUUGAGACAUCUUUUUCAGUUCUUUUAGUCGCUCUCAACAUUCUUUACCUGUUGGUUGAUGAGACUGCAAUGCCAAAGGGAUCAGGGGGACCUGGAAUAGGAAAUGCUUCCUUAUCCACCUUUGGCUUCGUGGGAGCAGCACUUGAAAUCAUUUUGAUUUUCUAUCUUAUGGUAUCUUCUGUCGUCGGCUUCUACAGUCUUCGGUUUUUUGAGAAUUUCACUCCCAGGAAGGAUGACACAACAAUGACAAAGAUAAUUGGAAACUGUGUCUCAAUCUUGGUGCUGAGCUCUGCUUUGCCAGUGAUGUCAAGGACGCUGGGAAUCACCAGAUUUGAUCUUCUUGGAGACUUUGGAAGAUUCAACUGGCUGGGGAACUUCUAUAUUGUGUUGUCUUACAACUUGCUCUUUGCUAUCAUGACAACGUUGUGUCUGGUCAGAAAGUUCACUUCUGCUGUGAGAGAAGAGCUCCUGAAGGCAUUAGGGUUAGAUAAACUUCAUCUAUCAAACAAUCCAAGAGACUCGGAGACAAAGCCUUCUGCAAAUGGCCAUCAAAAAACACUGUGAUAACAAUCACCUGCAAUCAGCAGAGCUGAAAACAUCAACCUCAUGGCAUUCCUGUCAUCUCAUCAGCAUUUUUAUAUUGCUUUUAGUUGUUAGUUUGGGUCAAGCCGUGUCUCACUUUGAUGCUGUGUGCUUCUGAGGAAGUUAGGUGUGUCAGAUUCUUCUCUUUCCAGUGAACUUUUGGUCUGCUUGUUUAUUUCCCAGGAAGUUAAUGCAGGAGGUGCCUUGAAGACUGGAAGCUGAAGAGAAAAAUGCAUUCCUUUUUAUUUGUUGAAAGUCUCACAUCUUUAUUUUGAAACUUGCUACCAUUUGAAUGCACAGUACCUCCUGUGUUAUACACACACAGCUAUAAAGAAUAACUUCGGGACUUGAUUAAAAAAAAAGAAAAAGAAGAAAACACACUUGAAGGCCAAUACGACCCUUACUGGAAAUGUAAAGUAGCUGGAGUAAGUACCUGUGACAGGAGAUAAACAGCUCUACUCAGAGUGAGUUAAAAAGGGCAGGAGAGAUCACAGUGCUGGAUGCAGUAGGAUGUGUCAUGGUGCUUUCUCAGAAGGCCAGUGUUUUCAGCUCUCUGUCCUUAGCUCCAAAUGUCAGCUUGCUUUACUGGUGGUCAAACGGUGUCUUAUGGAAGUCCAAGAUGAAGAUUAACUUCAGUGUUAAAUCUGAGCCUAGUAUGCUUUGUAAAAAGCUGAGUAGACCCCGCUGUCACAGCUCUCAGUUCUGUGAGCUGUUGUGCCCUGGAUGUCCCUUCCCCUACCCAAGACCCCCUGUGAAAUUUUUGAUGAACUACUGUGUGUAAGCAGUACCUGGAAUCAAUGCAAGGAGCACAGGCCUAGGAGGCUGCAGUUGCAGUUUUCUACAGUCUUUAAUUUGAAGUAAAUUUCUCUGAAUUUAUACUUCAGUUACCAGGAUUUCUGUUCAGUGGCAUAACCCAGUUAUCUGUCACUAGCCUGUUUUUUAAUGUACACAUGAACAUGUAUAUAGGCCUAUAUGUGUAGAUAUCAUAAAUUAAAUUCUAAGGUUGUAGAGAUGACAGUAGGUGGUUUGGUAAGUAAAACGUGUGCAGUCUUGGUAGUUUGAAUUUCUGAAGUGUUUAACUGCUCAGAGGCCUUAGAUUCAAGAUGGCAUCAGUGGGUGAUAAUGUCCUUUCUUGUAGCAUUUCCUUGCAGCCUUAGGAAUCCUUUAAGCAGUUUAUAGUAAAGAAAAAUACCAAGUAAGUAUUCAAAAUCUGGUUGCACUUUUGUCCUGCUCAGCCUCAAGUAAUCUCCAAACAGACUGGAAUGGGGAUGCCUUCAGUGAGUGCCCCUUCAUGUAGGGAGCCAGAAAAUUUUCCUGUUCAUUUCCUAUUUCUGUAAAACAAGUCUGCCUGUCUGUGGUUUGAGGUCUUAUAUUAAUUGGUGACAACUUGAUUUCCAGUGUGGUUCCAAAAUAAGGUAAAUCUUGUGUCAGAAACUCUUUGGCUGUUCUCUUGAGAUGGCUGCUCUGGGCUGUAGACCUUACUGCUGUGUGUGUGAAUGUCUGCUUGUUUUUUUCCCCUGAAGUGCUUCAAAAACCAAGCUCCAGUACAAAUGAGGAUUUAUCUUUUUUGCAGCUGCCUUUUCUGACUUGAACUGGGGCAUAAUGUAAAUAUUUCUGUAGUGAAUAUGAUGCUAGAGAAUGACUUCUUUUGUGUGUGUGUGAUUAGUGUAAAUUCAAGGUUUAUUGAACUGACUAUUGAUGUGUUAUAUCAAGUCUUGGAAGAAAAAGUAAAACUACUUGAUUUCACUAAGAUUUACAAGCAUCUUUUCUCUUGUUUAGUGCUGACACUUCAGUGAGAAAUCUUUAUCUGAGUCAAAGUUUUGCCACCAAUAACAGAGAGCUAUAAGUAAAAGUUGUUCUAAAAUGAGUUUAUAUUUAAAAUAUUAGGAGAUAUAUUAUUAGGGGCAUCAGUCCGGUAUUCUCAGAGCUUGUAGCCUUAUGUAUUGGCAUUAUAGUUAAAACCUGCUGAAGUAUGUCGGCUUUUUCAUGCAAGUUAUUGUAUGACCAAAAUUGUCCUCAUGUCUUAAUGGGGCUGGUGAACUGUGGUGUGUGAGGCCAGUUAGCUUUAUAGAGAUAUUUCUGUUACAAUGGUAAUACAGUUAAUACACUCUGAAGAAAUUAAUAUUGGGAAUAAACCUAGGUGUAUGAACCAACAAAGGUCUUGCUCCUCAUGCCUUUGGAGAGAUGUUUGUCAUGGCAUCAGUGACCCAAGAACACAGAAAAAGGUGGAUUGUAGUGUGUGUGUGGCUUCUGCAAUUACUUCAACUGAGCAGGGGCAGUUCCUGCUGAGAAGCACCCAAGCUUCAGGCAAGACUUUAAAACUCUUUUUCAAAACAAAUGUUAGGGCCUCGACCGUCCCCACCCCUUCUGCAUUCUGCAGGCAGAUGUGUAGGUCAAAGCUACAUUAGGGAAGACUUUACACUGGACUCUCUGGGAUGGUUGAGGUGCUGUGUGGUUUCCAAGAUGGAUGAGAAAUUCAGAACUACCCUGUGCAACUACUGACAGUGUUCUGUUUUAAAAUCAACUGCUGAUAUUGUGACACUGUCAACAUUAAAAUACGCCUUUGGCCUUGAAAAUGACGUGCUUAUGCAAAGCUUUGUCACUGCAUGCAAGAUACAGGUCACUGAAUACUUUUCACAGAAUCAUAUGGUCACUUAAUUACGAGCAACUGAUAAUUCAUUAAUGGAUAUUGACAAUGCAUUCCUAGUAUUUUGACUCAUGUAGAGUCAGGUGGUCUAUACCUUCAAGGUAUAUACAGCUGAUCUUAGUAACAUUAACAUCUGCCUCACUUCUUACGAGGCAAAAAGCACAUCAAUGCUUCCAUCUUCAACUAGAUACCACACAAGACCAAAAAAAUAGAUGUAAACUGAGUGUUUUAAGUUAGCUGUUUUUUGGCUUUUUUUCUGUGUUGGUAGCACAAUAUUAAAUGCAAUUGCAGAACUGUAAUAUUUGUGGGGUUUCUAAGCAUAAAGCACAUGUGCUUAUCACUUUAAGCAACAGUAGUAUUGGUUACUGUACAAGUAACAGUUUUGCAUUCAUAGGGAGCUUUGUUUACUGUCUGUAAUGUGCUGUUUAUCUUUGGCCCUGUUCCUGUGAUACCUUUGACCCUGUUGGCUGUUCUGGUGUCAUAGAAAUUAAAAGAUUUGACAAAUUGUUUUCCUUGUCCGGUUCCCAAGUACCACCUGGAGCACCAGUGGAGGGAGGGCUGGGCUGCCCACGCAGGCAGGGAGGAGCUGCUGCAGCAGGUGCUUGGCAGGAGGGACACGGGAGCAGAUCCUGGGGACACGUCCUCCCCCUGUGUCACCAGGAGUGUCACAUCUCCCCUGUGUCACCAGGAGUGUCACAUCUCCCCUGUGUCACCAGGAGUGACAGGUGCCAAGGGGCUGCAGCCCCUGUCCAUCCCACCAUGUUUCUCAUGAGUCUGUGCAGCAGCUGAUGCUACUUGAGGUGCUCACUUGUGCCCAGUGCUGUGUACUGAAGACAUGAUGGCCCUUUUCUUAAAGAAUUUGCAGUCUAAAUUAGAAAGGAAUAAAGUAGAAACAGAAAGCAGUGGGCCUCUUCCUGCAUGUGGCUUUCCUUGAGUUCUUGAAGCAUGCGCUGCGUUAUUUCCCAUCUCUUCUUCUCCCAGAAGUGUGGUGGUGGUGUAUGUAUAGCAGCUGAGCCUUACCCUUAGUGGACUGGCAUCUAAAAUUUUGAAAUAAUAAAUACAGGAAAACCGCUAAAUUCUGUUUAACAUAUUCUCUGAUCUUGAAAAUAGCAUUUUUUUUAAAUCAGGGUGAAAUAAUCUAAGCAGAGACAGGACAUUAAGGCCACAUAAAUAACCUCUUCAAAAAGAAAUGUGCUUAGUUUUGUUUUAAAAAGUGUUGAUGUGAACUGUGAAGCUUUAAUUGCUUUAAUGACAUAAGAUUCCCUACCUCCUAGUAUUAGGAUUUUUGUUGUUAUUUCAGUGCUGAGUUGAGACAAUAUUGCCUACACUGACUUCCCUCCCCAAUCCAUGAACACUGAAUUUACUGUUGAUAAGCUGGAAGGUUAUUUCAGUCACAUUGUCAGAUUUGAACUUUAAAAUUGCUACAUUUGAAUUUAUCCCAUUCAGCAAGAGCGAACUAAGGCCACAGCCACCAGCCACACAGUGAUACAACUUAUGCCCUCUUUUCUGCCUUGCCCCCUUGAGGCAGACAAAACAUAAAAUAGCAGAAGAAUCCAGAUAGAUUUGAUUUAUGCACUGUUGAAAACCAUACCAGAAGGCAACUUUAAUGGAAGGCUUUUGAAAUAUUUCACAAUUGAAGCACCUAGAACUCUUCUUUCAAAGAGAAAGAAAUGUGUAUCAUUAAUAUACAAAUGUCAAUUGUAUGUUCUCCAAAUAAGCCAGUAAUUCACUGAUGCUGAAAAAAAUUUCAUCACUUCUUAAAAUCUCUUUUGUGAUUCACAGUGAAACAGUAUCUUGGGCUUUUAUAGAGCAUGUGAACUUCUGAAGGUAUCUCUAUCUUGGCAGCAGAAACCUUAGGAUGCUUGCUAGUUUUGUGUUAACUACCAUAUUUUAUCAGUAACUUUUUGGUUUCAUUUGUUGCUCAAGAAUUUUUUUUAAUAUACAUAGCAUUAAAUGUUUUAACAAAUACAGAAGGUGAUUCCAAACAGUCAAAGAGAUAGUUUCUAAAUAGCUUGGCAUUCAGUAUGUCAAGAAUAUCAGCAUUUAUGGGAUAUUUCUCACACUAUCUGUAUGAAGGCUGUAUGAAGGCCUUACAUCAAAUAGAAAUUAGGAAAUCCUAUUUCUUAGAGGUUUUUAGGUGUCUGAAUGUUGAUACGUACCUACUUGAGCACUUUGGAAUGCUGCUUCUAGAUGUUUGUUGAUCACUAACCCCAAGGCUGCUGUUGCUUUUCUCCCCACCCCCAUUACAUUAAAUUUUAUAGUCAGCAUCACUGGAUGAAACUCCUUUCCUGAAAAGGGCUUUAUUUUGCAUUCCUCCUCUAUUCCCUGCUUCCAUAGAUACCAGCUAUUGAAAUAUUGGGGCACCUGCUUUGAUUUUGAUGUAUUUCUUUUUCCACAUAGCUUGUAGAGAGAUAUGCCCUAGUUAGAACUCUUCCACUACAAAAAUGUUCACAUUUAUGAAUUUGUUUUUUACCAUUAGAUACCAUUUAAGCAAUCUUGUCACUAGAGAGUCCUCUAACAAACUACCAAGAGCUCAAGUCAGUUUGAAUCAUGAGUGAGAGGGUUUAGUCAUUGCAUAUAUGUGUGCUUUUAGCUUCCAGUGGAAUGCGAGUACAGCCCCACUUCCCAGUGAGGGGAACGAGCUGGUUUGGCCGCUGGGGUGGCUGUCACUGCAGGGUGGCUCCUGUUGUGGACCUGCUCUGUAGCUCAUCUGCUGUGGGAUGCACAGGGAGAUCUUCCUCAGUGGGAGGUGGACACACUCUGUGUCAGCUCCCAGCAGGGUCAGGCUGUGCGAGGUGCCGAGUGAGGCUCUUCACCUGUUCUCUGGAUUUUUGUAUUUCAUGUGUAUGAGCGUAUUUUGGGCCUUCUUGCCCCAUGUGAAUUGAUCGUUCAGAGAAGUGGCAUGGUAGUGAUACCUGUGCAGUGGAUUCAGUGGGUGUGUUUACAUGUUUAAAAAGAAAAUUAGCUGGUGCAUGAUUUCCCGUUUCCCCCUAACCGUGAGGUUUUUUCAGUCUGGACCAAAAUUCUUAAGAGUCACAAAAUCCCUGUGAGUACUUUCUCCUCCUUGGCUUUAUAUAACAAAGCUCAGUCACUUUUACUUUCUUAAAGGUAGCUUUCAAACUAUUUUUGCCUUAUUUGUUGUGAUUUCUGUUGCUUUAAGGAGAAGUGGAUAGAAAAAGAAGAUACAUCUAGGUCAUGGGAAUUGAAAUCUUGGUGUGUGUGUGUAUGAAACACACAUACACACAAAAAAGGGUGUAUUUCCUUUCCUGUGGGGUUUGGCACCCAACCCCACAUUACCUAAAUAGAAAUCAUGUGUUGCUUUUGUCUCCACUAAAUAUUGUCUUUAAAAUUCCCAGUGAGAAGACUGAGGAUGUUCUCAGGGUGCUGCUGGCACCCUGAUCCCUGUCACACGGAAUUGGCUUCAUGUGUGUUUGGGUGGCAUGACCAUAAAAACACAAUUCUGAGCUGGCCUGUCCGUGGCUGUUGGUGCUGCUGGCUGGGCUGGGCUGGGCUGUGAUGAUGGCAGCAGGUCCCUUCACUGUGCACAUUCAGGGUUUCACUGCAGUGUUACUGGUUAAUAUCACAGUUUACAAAAACAAUUAUGAAUUGCGCACAAUCUCUAAACUGUGUGAGGCUGGGAGGUGCUGAAUGGAACUGGUGGUCCCCUCUUGGUCUGAUUUGUGCUUUAGGUUUUGUAAACUCCACAGUCUUGAGCAGCUGACUUUUCUUUCACAUGGAUGUAUCUGACCAAGGUAUAACACAGCUGAAAAAUUGUGCUUUGAGUGUUACUUUAAUCCCAACAGUUUUUGGUGUAGAUACCUUCUCCCCAUCAACCCUUCCUGGUUCAUUUUAGGUUAUCCAGAAUUAUGAUUUAUAAUGUUCUCUGUUGUGGGUAUUUUGUUGUGUUACAAAAAAAAAAAAAAAAUCUGCUGCCUUAGCUAGGCUGGUUUUUGUUUUGUUUUGUGGAAAGCAGUGGUAAUAUGUUUUUUUCCUUUGUUUGAGAUGUUACACUGAAUGUUUUGUAGGAAAAUUUUUUUUUACUGUGUUUUCAAUAAAGGUAAAGUGUGAUUUA